GCUGCUGCUUUGGGAUCGGAGUACUUGUGGUUCACGCUCACGUGCAUCAGAAGCACACUGGUGAAUGAGCUUGGCGGAAUGACAGCCGUCUUUCGACAGAUUUCGGAUGUCUUCUGCAGGAGCCCUGUUUUCAGCAAGGGAUUGCCCAUCAACAUACAUGGGAGGCCGGGAGGGCUGCUUUUCUUCAGCAGAAUCGCUAGCACGAUCUCUGACGAAGCUGCGAUCAAGGCAGCCCUUGCCAACAAAGGGGCCAGCGGUUUGGUUUUCUGUUGCCUUUGCCAGAACUGCGUGGACCACAAGAAUGCAGUGGCUGAGGCUGGAGAAGGAAUGGUAUCCUCAUUGGAAACAGACAUUGCCAGUUUCGCCUUCACACCCCAGAUUCUAUACGUGUUGACAGCCUUUGGUUUUAACCAUCGGCCAGACGGGCUUUUAAGCCAUCCGGCGUUUGGAGCUGAAGUCAUAACCACUGUCACGUUUGAUUGGUUCCACAUCUACUGCGUGCACGGCGUCGCAAACAUCUGCACGGGCCAAAUGCUCGACGCCCUGCGGAGCGGCGGCUGGACACACCAACAAGUUGACGAUUUUGUGUCCAGCUUCCACUGGCCUCAUCGCCUGAGCGGCGCAGCACCCAAGAACUUGCUCCAGAAGCGCAGCGUGGGAGACAGGUUGACAGGCUCGGCCUCCGAAUGCCUCAACUUCGUUGUGGCCCUGCGUGUCUUUCUGGUUCUCUUUGUGAUGCCAGCGUGCCCAGAGAACAUGCGCGCCAAAUGCAACGCCUGGCUGCAGCUGGCAAAGGUUCUGGACAUGCUCGCAGUCGUGAACUCUGGCAAAAUCACGCCAGUGACUUUGCAGGCCCAGAUAAAGGCUCAUUUGGACGCCACCCUGCAGGUGUAUGGAUCCGAGUGGUGGAUUCCCAAAUGCCACAUGGCGCUCCGAAAUGAGAUUCAACAAGCUGUGGGCAGCACAGGUGAGGUGCUUCACUCCUCUGCGGCCGUGCAUGGUGGCGGGUACAAGAUUCACAUGAACGAUGUGGCGGUGAUCCAGAUGGGCACGGUUGUUGGCAAAGUUCAUUAUGACGUCAUGCUGGAUGAUCAUGUUUGGACAUGUGUUUCGGUGUGGCAGCAUGUGCAUGGCUUCAUGUACAAAGUCGCUGAUGACCAGCUCAUGCUGGUGGAGACGAUGCGCAUUCGCGACACAUGCCCUUUCAGCCUCAAGGAUUCAGACGCAAUUGUCGUGUUGCCAGCUCGCGUGUGA